AUGACUAGCAACGACCACCACAGCGGGAAUCUGAACGUUGACUUUGCAGACCCAGGCUCCAGCGUGCAUACGGAGACGCCGUUACGGCACGAUUUCGCCACUGAGAACGCUACCACCACGACCGUAGCCAGCCCCAAGAUGUCCUCUGCAGCACGAGUGAACAGCCGUCCGGACCGGGAAAAUACCCUCCCAGACUACGAGGGCCCGACAGGCGGCGUAGACAAUGCGUCCGGUAGGAGGAAACAGAACAAGCUCCUCAGACUUCUUCGGAUGGCGAGUACACGCUUGAAGGACCAGGCUAAGCCUGAGCGUGCGAUUGGCGCACCCCCGACACUAUUCCAGCAGUUUAAGUCGGUCAUCUUUAUGUCCUGGUUGAAUGUGCUACUGGUGUUCAUCCCUCUAUCCUGGGCGUUCAAUUUCGCAAACUUGGACAACACCCUUAUCUUCGUCUUCUCCUUCAUCGCCAUUAUCCCUCUUGCGCAGCUCCUUGCAUAUUCGACCGAGGAACUCUCAACAAGAGUGGGUCAGACGCUUGCCGGUCUCAUCAACGCGACGCUCGGGAACGCCGUCGAGUUGAUCGUUGCUAUCAUCGCAUUGGUGAAAUGUGAACUUCAGAUCGUGCAGUCGUCUCUGGUCGGCUCCAUUCUGAGCAAUUUGCUCCUCGUACUCGGAAUGUGCUUCUUCGCGGGAGGAACGAAGUUCGCGGAACAGGGCUUCGCAUUCAGUGCCUCUCAGAUCAACACGUCCCUGCUUACCCUUUCGGUCAUUGCUGUGCUACUUCCCGCAGCCUUCCACCUCGCUCUUGAAGAUACGCAGACAGACCCGAACAGCGACGCUCGGAAAGCGGAAGGCACCGACAUCCUCGCGAUCUCUCACGGCGUUGCUCUGAUUUUGCUGUUCAUCUACCUGUGCUAUCUGAUCUUCCAGCUCUUCAGUCAUAAGUCCUUGUACGAUGAAAGCAACCCCGAGAACCUUCACGCCAGCACGCGGUAUUCGCCUCGCAGUGACAAGAACACGGCAAUUCGCAAUCGCCUCCGCCAUCCAUUCCAUGGGAGCACCGAGAAGACUCCUGGUCUCGCUACCACUUCGAGCGGAAACGAUAUUGUCGGCUCCCCGCGGCCAGAGGCGCACGAGAUGACGACUCCGGGUUCUCCUAGGGCCGAUGUUGAGCAAGGACUCGCGGAGGAAGACGAGGAGGAGCACACCCCGCAACUCAGCGUUCUUUUCACCGUCAUUCUUCUCGUCGUCGUUACGGUCCUUGUCGCUGUCACCGCCGAAUUCCUUGUCGACUCCAUCAGUGAGCUCACGGACACGGGAGUCAUCAGCAAGGAGUUUGUCGGCCUCAUCCUGUUGCCCAUUGUCGGUAACGCGGCCGAGCACGUCACCGCUGUGACGGUCUCCGUCAAGGACAAGCUCACGCUCUCGCUCGGUGUUGCGGUCGGCUCCAGUAUCCAGAUUGCGCUCUUCGUCAUCCCGUUCAUCGUCACGCUGGCCUGGAUUCUCGGCAAGCCGCUCACUUUGUUGUUCGACCCGUUCGAGAGCAUCGUCCUUUUCUUGGCCGUUCUCACUGUCAACUACGUUGUUCAGGACGGCAAGAGCAAUUGGCUCGAGGGCAUGAUCCUGAUGUGUCUAUACAUCAUCUGCGCCGUCACAUUCUGGUACUAUCCUGGUAGCAAUAUCGCGGACACGAUCACCAGCGGUUGCGAUGGCGUUUAA